AUGUGGCAAGAACAUCAACAAACAUCAACUUCUCCAUUUGAUUGUGCUGUUUGUGGUGCUUGUGUUUACGGAAAUAAUUCUGGUAUUCGAACAUGUUUACCAUGUAAAUCAUUUUUUCGACGUCACGCUUUUUUACCAUCAAAUACAUUAAAAUGUAAUCAAAAUGGAACAUGUAAUAUAGAAGCAACACGAAGAUAUUUUUCGGCAUCAUUACCACCAUGUCGAGCAUGUCGAUUACAAAAAUGUUUAGAAGUUGGAAUGGAUCAAAAUUUACUUCGUCCACGUUCUGCAAGUAGUCCACCAUUAACAACAGUUGUUGAAAGAUUAUUUACUACUACACUUAUUAAAACAGCUUCAUUAGAUGAAAAUGCUGUUCCAUCAAGGUUAAAAAAACAAAUCGAAUCUGAAAGUGAUACACAAAUAAAUAAUGAUAAAACCAUGAUUGGUCGUCCUCGUUGUUCAAGUGAUGCUAAUGAUUAUCCUCAUCAUCGAUUUUAA